AUGUGGUUGCGCGAGUCCUUGUCGGCGCGGUGCAUGGCGACGGGCGAGGUGGUGCGCACAGUGAAGGUGGACCCGUCGAUAUGGUCGGACAAGUACGGAUCAGAAGUACGAUGCGAUGAACAGUUAUCGAGCGCUGCGUAUGGCAGCCGAGUCCACGAGCAUCACGUCAUCCAGAACCGCGUCGCGAUUUCGGCAACACCAUGCAUCCACGCUUUUAUAGGCCAGGCCACUUCGCGUAGAGGAGAUGGCCGUCGGCACCUCUCUACCUCCACACAUCGGUUUUCGUCAGAUUGGCAUAGUACGCCUCCCGAGCGCCCAUCAGUCCAUCCAACUUCGUCCCAUGACUCUACCACAAGAGAACCGAUUUCCGAAAAAUUUCGCUCGCUCAUGCGCCUGGUGACGCACUCGGUGGUCGUCUGCACGUCUACCGAACCAGCUGGGCCGGGUACCGAAGGCAACCCUCGCGGCAUGACCAUGUCCUCCUUCACAUCACUUUCUUUACAGCCGACGCCGCUCGUGACCUUCAACAUCGCAACGCCCAGCCGAACGUUGUCGGCCGUGCAGAAGAGUAGACACUUCAACGUCCACAUCCUGGAGGACGGCGUCGAGGGCGCGAAAGUAGCAGACUGGUUCACGCGAGGCAAUGCCGAGGGCCAACACGUGUUUCAAGGGCUCGUGGCGGGGGCCGGAUCUCGCAUCAUAGGUGACGAGGAAGGGAGCCCAGGCUGCGAGGCCGAGAUGGGCGCUAACGAAGCGCCGAUCUUGAGAGGCGAGGGCAUUUUGUACAUUAUUAGGUGUAAGGUCAUAGACGAUGCUCCGCUUCAUGGCUUGAUCCCCGUCAAGGAUCAUGUUAUCGUGGUAGGGGAAGUAAUGGAAAUACUGGAAGGAAGAGACCGGCGGGAAUGGCGGGAGGACGACUUUGGAUUACUAUAUGCGGACCGAAAGUAUAGACAACUAGGAAACGUCAUGUCGAAGCAAGAAAGAGGGUAA